AUGGAAGGAAGGGAGACAAACUUGGCUAAUGAGGAUGAUCGUAAAAGGCUUAAAGCAAAAAGGGUAAUCUUCUUUGAUGAUGCUGACAUUAAAGGAGGUUUGGAAGCAUAUAGAAAAAGUGUGAUUGAAAGGAUCCUCGCAGACAAAGCAUUCAUAGUUGGUACGAUGAAACUAGCAAUGUAUGCUAUAUGGAGACAACCGGAGGGUUUUAGAGUCAUUGAUCAUGGAGGUAAUACAUUCCAGUUCUUCUUUGAAAAACAAGAUCUAAUCCGGGUAGAAAAGGAUAUCCCAUGGCUCCUCAAAAACUAUAUCUUGAAUAUUAAAAGAUGGAAUAAGGAGAUGGAGAUUGACAUAGAAGAAUUCUCUUAUGUUCCGAUAUGGAUUCAAUUGUGGAGACUGCCAGAAUAUUGUAAAACAUGUGAACUGGGACAAAAAAUUGGAGAUAUAGUGAGAGAGGUCCUAGAUGUUGAAAAUUUUUUCAUGAGGGGGAAGGAGGCAAGGGUGAUGAAAGUAAAAGUUAACUUAGAUGUAACACAGAAAUUGAAGAAAAUAGUCACCAUAGUAGGUCCUAAUAAGAAAAUUAUGGAGAUCCAAUUAAAAUAUGAACGCAUAGGAUGCUUUUGUUCCUGUUGCGGACAUUUGGGGCACGAGGCAAGGAGUUGUAAUAAUUGGCUGGAUAAUUCAACUAGUGAAGACAGCAGAGAGAAAGAAUGGAGUGACUGA